ACAAAGCGAUCGUUUUGAACUUAGCUUAGCAAGUUGUAGCUGUCAGUUGCUGGCGUCGCACAUUUUUUAGUAACUGUGCAAAAUAUGUAGAAGGUGUCUUCACUUUUAAUGUUUCGUUAUGCACAUUAUACUGAUGCGGAGUUAAAGUUAUGUCUUUCGAUAACGACGUCCCUCCUUUAUUAUGAGCUCCAUACCAGGCGAGGCGCCUCCUGCACUCUCAACAUGCAGAACUCCUCCAGGAGAUGGAAACCAGGUGAAACCCAAGGCUCCGCUUCUGCAGAUACUUCGGGUUGCUGGAGCCAAGGAAGAAGUUUUCACUCUCAAAGAGGUGAUGCACUAUUUGGGUCAGUACAUCAUGGGCAAGCAGCUGUAUGACAAGCAGAGGCAGCACAUCGUUCACUGCCAGGACGACCCGCUGGGAGAGCUGCUGGAGGUGGAGAGCUUCUCGGUGAAAAACCCCAGCCCUGUGUAUGAGAUGUUGAAGAAGUACUUGGCAGCUCCUGCUGGUCCUGACGCUGCAGAGAAUCUUUCUGUGGGCCGUGAGUGUGUAGAUGGCGGAGUGGAGGAUCGUGGUCAGACAUGUGGAGGUCUGGGAAAGGCAGGUCAGCGAGGAGGCAGCCACGGGCCUUUCCUGCAGACCCCUUCCCAGAGACGACCGAGAGAGCCGGACGACGACUCACUUGAGGGUCUUCCACGGUCGGCCUGUAAACGACCCAAGUUGGAUGUGACUUUAGAUGAAUGGGACCUCUCCGGCCUGCCCUGGUGGUUUCUGGGUAAUCUCCGCAGUAACUACAGCCGAAGGAGCAACGGCUCCACGGACAUUCAUACCAACCAGGAGGAGGACACGGCCAUCGUGUCCGACACCACCGAUGAUCUUUGGUUCCUGACGGAAGGUGACAGUGAGCAGGUGAGUGUGGAAAUGAAAGAGGCUGCGCUGGAGGAAGGAAGUGGAGGAGAAGCGGAGGCUCUGCCUGAGGAGGAAGAUUUCGUGGGGAAGGAGGAGAAGACCGAUCGAGAGGAGGAGCAGGACGAGGACUCUCAGUGUUUGAGCGACGACACCGACACGGAAAUCUCCACACAAGAUGCUUGGCAGUGUACGGAGUGCAAGAAGUACAACGCCCUUCAGCAGAAGUACUGCGUCCGCUGCUGGGCUCUCCGAAAGAACUGGUACAAAGAUGUCCCCCGGCUUUCCCACUCCCUCUCGGUACCCGACAUUCCAGCCUGCAGCCUGGCACGCGACGAGGACGACGACAGUGAUGGAGGCAUAGACGUCCCAGACUGCAGCCGGACGGUCUCCGACCCGGUCAUCCUGCCUUCCCACUCCACGGCGGACCGGCCACUGCCCACUAUGGGGGCGAGCAAAGACAAAGUUCCCCGCGGCUUCUCCAAGGAUGAAGCCCUGUCAGGUGGGGAGAGCCAGGAACUCCUGGGGAUGGAGGUGGAGAUGAGACCGGAGGCGCUGCUGGAACCCUGCCGGCUGUGCCGCGUGCGUCCCCGCAACGGUAACAUUAUCCACGGACGCACGGCUCACCUGCAGACCUGCUUCCCAUGUGCCCGACGGCUUCACAAGUUCCAGGCUCCCUGCCCUGGCUGUGGGAAGAUCAUUCAGAAUGUCAUCAAGAUUUACGUGGUCUGAAAAAGUGACUGUCGCUGCCACUUCAGACGGCUCCCAGUCUGGCACUUGGUUUGCUGCCUCCCGUAUCACGGCUCUGCUCACAUGGACCUCAACAGAUGCAUCGGUGCCCUUGGUUCUCUCUGUCACCGGGAACAAGACUUCAACAAGAUAACUGCAGGCGCAGAGGAACCUCUCAUCCAGGAGACGCUUCACUCUGGAAUGUUGGUGUCCAUGUGAGCUUGGCUGUGAUCCUUUGGUCGCGGCGGUGAUGUUUGUUAGAACUAGCAGAGUGCAGUGGUGCCCUUGUGUUAUGGAGGUAUUUAUUUAGAUCAUCCUUCCUGUGGUUCCUCUAUUGUCCUGCCUUGCCAAAUGCCAGGUGCACAGCCUGUCCCUGUGUUGACCUGUAAAAGCCCCCCGCCUCUCUGUGUUGAUAAACAAGUGAAUGUAUCACACACCUUUCCUCUCACCGCAGGAUAGUGCAGCUAAUUCAUGUGACUUUGAAGCGUCUUUGAGGAGCAACGGCGAGUUAAUCCAGUGACUGUUGGUGCUUUGGACGUGUUCCUCCAGGAAGGUAUUUAAUCUCUCGAUAUGACAGUCAACUGAUUUUUAUUUAUGGUUGAGUUUUACCUGUAAUGAAGCUGCAACGCUGCACUUGAUAUUAAAAAGGCAUCAUUGUAAAGUUAUGGAGAUAUUUUAAGUGGAUGCUAUAUUAUUUUUGGAGUUGAAGGGUCGACUGAAGCGUUUCACUGCCAUGUGACGAUUUAUUGGAAGGUUGUGUUGUACUGCAGCAGAUGUUUUGCGUUGUCAUACAGCGAUUGACUUGUACUUAUUCUUUCUGCCACUAGGUGACGAGAAGGCUCAUAAAGCUGAGUGACAGCUGCCUUAGAGAAUUAUAUGUAGUGAAAUAUAUCGCAUGUUUCCUGCCGUGGCGCCGCCUAGCGCUCACCUUGCUGCUGCUUCUCUGACGAGGUUUCCUCGCUACAUCUAUGCGCUUGUCUUUUCUUUUUGGUGGCGUUUGGAAAGCAAUACAUUUUUUCCCUGUGUGUGUCUGAGAUGGUCGGCUUGAUCCCCGAGUAAGUGCUUGUGUGGCAGUGCAGCUGUCGCGUGUCAGGACGGGAGUCCAGCACCUGUGGCUCACUCCUCAGUCUCUCCUUUGUUGGGACUCGUGGCGCUGAGCCGCCGGCUAUUUUAGGAUGUGGAGUUGGUUUAAUUGUUUUGCUGAACAAUUGGGAGCCUGAAAAGGCACCAUGUUUUCUGUUGUGUAAGAAGUGGAUGUGAUGAUCAUGUCCUUCAUUUGACCUUGUGCUCCUGACUUCUCGCCACAUUAUUCAAAGGACUGACUUUCACUUCAGUUGUGGAGUGGCUUCUUAGUUACAGAAGGCUUCGCCUGGAGCUUCUUUACCACCAUUGGUUCUCUCUUGCUGCUGACCAGCCGCGCAGAGGCCGCUGCCCAACCCUCGGUGCUGCGUGACCCUGACCAGGCCCACAGUCAAAGUCAAGUAAAAGAAAUUAAACUGAGAAAUGAACUUUUACUCUCACAAUUCUGUAUUCUGAAAUGUUGUUUUCUGUCCCUACAAUUUGCUUUUCAAACUCAAAACUGCCAUUGUUUCAUAGAUGAAUUCAUUUUCUUGUCCUCGACUAAUAUAGAGCAAUUAUCUAUUAAAUAUUGGCUUCUAUUGAGAUGCUAUUUUUCGUUGCUUGUGUACAGCAUGUAUAGAAUAAAGUAAUUCUCAUCUGUGUUUUCUUUUGAACUAUUAACUGAAGUAAUUUGAAUGAAUGAGCUGAUAGCGCGCCAUCUAGUGGAGGAGACACCAUCGUCCUCUGAGCUGCUUCACACAUCAGCGGUGUGUCUUCACCACUUG